GAACCAUCCAAGAGCAGUGGUAAGAAAAGUCAAAUUCCCAUGCAGUUGGAUUUGGGUGGCAUGCUGGCAGUCUUGGAGCAGAAGCAGCAAGCAGAGAAGUCAAAACAGUCUUCUAAACCUGUGGUGUUUUCAGUUGGUGGUGCCAUACCAUUGCUUUCUAAAGAACCUGCUACAGCCACAAAAAGUCACCGGUUAAACCAAGAAAAGAUGCCUCAUAACCCUUUGGAUUCCAGUGCUCCUUUGGUAAAGAAAGGGAAACAGAGAGAAGUCCCUAAAGCAAAGAGACCAACGCCUCUUAAAAAGAUUAUUCUGAAAGAAAGAGAACAACGAAAACAACAACAUCUGUUAGAACAGACAGCGGUACCUAAAGAUGAAAAUAAUAUUUGUCAGUCUGCAGAAAAUAUUACUGAAGAUGAAAUGCUUUUACAGGAUAGUCACGCAGCUGUUCCUGUAAUGCAAAGUGCUGAGGGGUCUCCACAGAACACAGGGACCAAGGAAGCAACAGAAGGUUCUAUGACUUCUUCUGUAACUUCAAAGCAACAAACUUCCAAUCUUCCAAAAAUCCAUAGCAGGAAUUUUAGAGAUUACUGCAGCCAGGUACUUAGUAAAGAAGUUGACAGCUGUGUGACAGAUCUCUUAAAGGAACUGGUUCGUUUCCAAGAUCGCUUGUAUCAGAAAGACCCAGUAAAGGCCAAGAUAAAACGCAGGCUUGUUAUGGGUCUUAGAGAAGUUUUGAAACAUCUGAAGCUGAAAAAACUGAAGUGUGUCAUCAUCUCUCCUAACUGUGAAAAGAUUCAGUCAAAGGGUGGGUUGGAUGACACUCUACACAACAUUAUUGACUGCGCCUGUGAACAGAAUAUCCCGUUCGUUUUUGCCCUUAAUCGCAAGGCCCUGGGCCGCUGUGUGAACAAAGCAGUGCCUGUGAGUGUGGUGGGAAUUUUUAGCUAUGAUGGGGCUCAGGACCAUUUUCAUAGAAUGGUACAGCUCACGACAGAGGCCAGGAAGGCUUACAAAGAUAUGAUAGCAGCUUUAGAGGAAGAAGCUCAAGGAGGACUAAGGGGAACCCAACCCAGCAUCUUAACCACUGAAUGUGAAAAAAAUGGCUUAGCAGAAAUUGGUAAAACAUCUUCCAAGGACUCUGAUGAGGAUGUACCAAACUAUAUUAAAAUCUGGAAGAGAAAACUUGAAGAAGAAUAUAACCCAUAUGCACUGGAACUGGAAAAAAGUGCAACUGCUGACAUGGUGACAGUGAAUUCAGAAGAGCAUCAGUAA